ACAUAAUUUAUAGUAGAUCUAGCAUACAUAUAACACAGUCAACUUAAUAUUAGAUAUAGUAAACAGCCGUCAAAAAAAAUAUAUAGUAAACACAUGUCAUCAAUAUCUGAUUAAUAUUAGAUAUAGUCAAAAGCUUUAUGUACUUAUAAAUACCAUUUUUCUAUUGCUAAUGGGUACAUCACAUAAAAAUAAGAUCAUAAACAGAUAAACUACUACACAAACGCACACAAAAAUUGUUGACUGUGAAGAACAAUUAACAAUUAAGCGAAAAUGAAUAUUGCGGUAGGCGCCGGUGCCUGGGUGAUCGUAUUCUUGGUGGCUAUUGGUGUAUAUUUCCUCCUCAAAAAGCUUAAUAAAAUUAUCACCUAAAAUCGUAAUUAUUGGGAUGAGUUAAAUGUAAUCAUGUUAUCUAAUUUAAUAAUUAGUUUUCAUGGAGAAUAACUGACGAGCCAUAGCCCAUAAGUAUUUCUUGAAUAAGUGUUUUUAAAAUUAUAGAUGAUAAAAAUAUGAAUAGACGAAAAAAAACUAUGUAUGAAUUAUAAAUUAUUGUUACAAUGGUUUGAAAUGUGUUUGGAUAAUGGAUAUACUCAUUAAUUA